GGUAGUUAUUUCCUGUCGAAAAGUCGCGGGCGCCAUAUUGCUUGAGCUGAAAAGAAGAAGCAGUAUAUGUGUAAUGUGAUCUCUCCAGGCCUAAAAUUCAAACUGAAUACCGUGAAGAAAAGCACCAACGGGUGCAGUUCGCGGAUAGGAUCUAGGAGUAUUAUCGGGUUGAUCAGUACUGUGAACUGCAUGUAGUACAGAUUGUGGAGCAAGUGACAAAAUGUGGGAUCAAGGUGGACAGCCUUGGCAACAGUGGCCAUUGAAUCAGCAGCAAUGGAUGGAAACUUUUCAGCACCAGCAGGAUCCAAGCCAAAUAGAUUGGGCUGCUCUUGCACAAGCAUGGAUUGCCCAACGUGAAUCUACAGGGCCAGAUGUGGAGCAGCAAGGCAUAAUUCCCAAUGGGCAGGAGGUUCCUCCAAUAGAACCUGGUCCCAACAAUCAUGCUAAUUUUCCGGGAGACCCAAACUUUAAUCGACUGUGGCAGCCAGGAUGGGGAGGAAUGCAUCAUCAACCUCCUCCACACCAUCCUCCUCCAGAACAGCCUUGGAUACCUCCAGCCCCAGGCCCAAUGGAUAUUGUUCCUGUGACUGAAGACAACAACAGUCAAGACAGUGGAGAGUUUACAGGUGACAAUAGUCAUAUGUUUAAUCAGAACAACCACAACUUUGUUGGACCACCUGAAAACUUUCCAAUGGGCCCCCCACCGAACCAGUAUGAUUAUCAGCAUGGCCCUGGAUUUGGUCCACCACAAGGAGGGUUUCACCCACCUUAUUGGCAGCCCGGCCCGCCUGGACCACCAGGGCCUCCAGCUCCUCCGCCAAACCGCAGAGAAAGACCUUCUUUUAGAGAGAGACAACGCUCACCCAUACCAGUACCCCCGAAACAAGAACCUCUUCAAAUUGAUGCUGUUAAACGGAGAACACUACCUGCAUGGAUUCGUGAAGGUUUAGAAAAAAUGGAGAGGGAGAAGCAAAAAAGAUUAGAGAGGGAACGAUUGGAGCAACAGCGCUCUCAAAUAAAGAGGGAGAAAAUGCGCUAUAAUGAGGCUGAAGAUGGGGAUGGUCCUCGACUGCCACAGAAAAGCAAAUUUGACAGUGAUGAAGAGGAGGAAGAUGAGGAAAAUCCUGAUGGGUCAGCUAGUGCCAAAGUCAGCCGCAGUCCUUCCCCAGCCCAGCAGGAGGAGAACAGUGAUUCUGAAAUAACUGAAGAAGAACGGGCUUAUCAAAUUAUGCUGCUCACAAAAAUGCUGUUGACAGAAAUUCUUUUGGAUGUUACCAAUGAAGAGAUUUAUAAUGUGGCAAAAGACGCUCCUCGAAAAGCAACAAAAGCUCCUGCAAGGCAGCUGGCACAGUCCAGUGCAUUGGCUUCCCCUUUCUGGACUUGGUAAGUACACACCUUAGUGGACUUGGGUGGUUAUGGAUCAGCAGCAAGUGAAGAUGAAAGAAGUGAGAGAGGUUCAGAAUCUUCUGAUACUGAUGAGGAGGAGCCACACAGAAUACGACAAAAACAGGAAGCCUUUCGCCGAAAAGAGAGGGAACCUCAGUGUUUGUUGCAAUAUUAUUUAAAACAACAAAAGGAAGCAAAGGAAAAGGAGGCAAAAGAGCCUGAUCCCGGCUCUCCUAAAAGCCAGAUACAUGAAAAGAAAAAGGCUGAAAGUGAUAUGGAUAAUGAUAAAGUAUUGCAUAGUGAAACGUUCUCUUGUAGUUGAAAGUAAAAAUGAGUAAAGGAAAGACCAGUAGUGAGUAAGUCGAGGAGCUCAAGUAGUAGCAGCAGCAGUAGUAGCAGCAGCGUGUAGCGCAGUAGUAGUAGUAGUAGCAGUGUAUCUAGCUCUUACAGCUCUGGCUCAUCAAGCUCCCAUAGUUCAUCUCCUAUUUCACCAAAAAGGAAGAAGAUGAAGCAUAGCCGGUCUCCACCACAGAAGAUUAGGCGUAGCAAAGUAGGAGUCGCAUGCUAAAACAGGAGGGAAAGGAGCAGAAGCAAGGAAAAAAGUGUGAGAGACGAAGGUCUAAGUAAGAAUAGUACAGAAAGGGAAAGGCGUAAAGAACGAAGCAGAUCUAGAGAAAGGAGAAGCAGAGAGAAAGGUGUAAACCGUUCUAGGGAGAGGCGCAUUGUUCGCAGUAGAAGUAGAGAUAGGCGUAGGAGUGAUGACCAACGUAGAAGCCGUAGCAGGAGGAGACACAAGCACAAGGGGAGUAGCAGAGAGAGAGCAAGGAGUAGAAGUGUUGAAAUAGAUCGGAAGAACGAGAUCAUGAAAAAUAUAAGGAAAAAGGACAAAAAUAGGAAAGAUGAGAUAAGUAGUAGGUAUACUAGCCAAGAUGAGGAUAGGGCUAAAAGUAGAAGGGAGAGUGAAAGGACAUAUUCACGCAGCGAGUCAUCAUCAUCCAAGAUAUCUCGGCAGGAAUCUAGACAAGAUAGGAAAAAAAGCUCCAUGGAAACUAAGAAACGAUCACCAUCUAGUGGAAGGGAGCAGUUCAGAGUCACCAUAAUCCACAAGGAUAAAAAGUCUAAGAAAAAAUAUAGCCGCUCACGAUCUAUGGAGAAAUCUCAAAGGUCUGGUAAGAAGGCAAGCCGCAACACAAGUCUUAAGACCCGAUCAAGGUAGUACACCUUUUUAAAAUAUAUAUUGCUUUCUAUAUGUAAUGAAUGUGUAUUGUGUAGCUGAAAUUUCCUCAGUUUAAAUUAAAAUUUGAUAAAAUGUUUACUGGAAGGGGAUGCCAAACAUCCUCAUUUUACUAAUAGUGGUCUUUGUUUUUGUUUUUCAGAUCAUCAACUCCUAUUCGACGUAGAACGCUGAUGAAUAUGUGGCAAAAGAGCUAUUAAAAUGUUUAUAAUAAAAUUCCAUGAGUUUUA